GUACAACAUAUAUAGCAGCUAAAUCAAUGUUACCCACUGCAGAUCACUUCCUGUUUGUCUAAUGAGUUUCAGACCCUCCUGGGAACAAUAACUGUAUAUUCUGAAUGAACUUUCCUUCCUGAUGUGAAAAAAACAAAGGGGGAAAUAUUAGUCUCAUCUACCUCUCGGAUAACUCUUAGUUAUGACUAUUGUGAGUCAAUCUGACCAAAUCAUCAUAAAAACUGAUCUUUGGUGUUAAAUGUGUUGACCUGGACCAGCUACAAUGCAUCUGAGAGGCUUGAACAUGCACGAGAUAGAGCUUGGAAACAAGCCCCCAAACGGUCCUUUCCCAAGGACUCCAUCAUUGCAAAGUUACGUUGAAAUGAAUGAACGGAAGGUAAAGUCACCGAAUUCAGGACAUCAUCAAGGACAUCCCCAGCAAAGAUCCAUAACACCUCACCAAAGAGGCCAGACUCCCCCACAGUUCACUGGUAGAGUUCCAGAAGAAGUCCAGUUCUACUCUCAACAUCAACAACCUUUGAUAAAACAGCCUUUUAAUAUACCUCCACCUCAACCGCAAGGACAGAGUGCAGUGUACACUCAUGAACUAAACAAACAGGCUCAAGUGCCCCCUAGACUUCCAGCACAUAGUGCUGGGCUGGUACAACAAUCCGCUAUGUAUCAGCAACAACAGAGUAUGAGACCCCAAGGUUCCGUGCCUUUCUUCAGACAGAGUGCGCCACCAGGUAAUGUGAUGGCUAGCAACCAAUAUGCACAGAUGCCACAGCAACAAAAUCCACAGCAGUACACACAGCAAAGCAUGACGUACCAGAUAAUGGCCCCUAGUAUGACAGGGCAAAACUUUGGACAAAUUAUCAUGCAGCCUAAUCCUUUGAACAUACAGACUCCAAGGAUGAACAAUUCACAAUACCCUAAUAUGGGAAAUCAGCAAAGUAUGCAUUUCCCUUCGAUGGGACAACCCACAAAUACCCAGUUCUAUAACAAUCCAGUGAUGUUUACUGCCCAACCAAAUCGCCCACCAUCUAAUCCACCGUUACAAUCUGAAAAGCGAGUGAAGAAACCUUUAAGCAUUAUAGAUCCCAACACGGGGAAAGACUUGACAAAUGAAAUACUGCAUACAAAAGAGAGUAAGGAAGGAGAGUCAUCACACAGAUCCACCCCACCAAGUGGCCCAGGCUCUGGAUCCAGAGGGACUCCAGAUACGUCUGCUGCUCCGGUUGUACAAGGGAAUAUUGCGGCGCAGUUUGCUGCUCAAGUGGCUGCCACACUACGAUCAGAAGGAAGGUCAUCAGAGGUAGAUGUUCAGCGAGAACACUCCGAAGAGGAAUUGUCAGCAUCUCCUACUGUAGUGCCAGAAAUCCAUGCAGAGAGUGAAAAUCUGACAAUACCUAUAAGUGAUCAAGUGGACAGUGCCCCUUCACAAGAGCUAACAAAUGAUAAAUUGGCAGAAGUCAGUAGUAAUCCCCACAGUCUUUCAAACAGUGUGUCCGACUCCAAUGGAGAUGAAGGAUUCGCAGAGCCCAAGGACUCUAUUUCUGUAGAGAAUAGUGAGGCAAUCGUUCCCAUCACAGGAAAUGAACCUCCCUCAUUACCUAACUCUACUGAAACCCCUUCUGAUGUGGUGCCCCCGAGUAGUGUAGUAGAGGAAACCUCAGCAUCUGAGGCCUCUCAAGAGGAAAAUGUGUCCCAAAUCACAUCUGAGGUAAAAACUGAAGGGGAUAAUGUACAACCAGAAGAGAAAGCCAGCAAAGAAGAGCUCUCUACAGAAGUUCAACCCGAACCACCUGUUAAAGAUGUCGAUGUUCCUGUAAAAGAAACAGUUGAUGUGAAGAAAGGAAAGAAGAAGGCCAAAGAUUUUAACAAGAAAGACGUGUCUGGAACAGAUAUGGAUGCCUUCAUGGAUAGUUCUGCCCAGGAGACUAAGCCCACGCCUAACGUGGAAGAACAGAAGGAAGCUGUUGAGACAGUCCAACCAGAUGUGCCAAAAAUAGAAAUCAAGAUUGAAGACAAGGUCGUACAAGACGAGAAUGAGAAAAACCAGGAGAAGAACGAGGAUGCCGAUCUAACCAAUGAAGAUGACAAAGCUACUCUCGAGCUCAAGUACAAGUAUAAGGAAGACCAGUGGAGUCCUCUUAAUCCUGAGGGAAAGCGUCUGUAUGACAGAGAUUUCCUUCUUAGCAUCCAGUAUUCCAGUGAAUCUGUACAGAAACCUGCAGGUUUACCCGAUCUUCCAGAUAUUAUCUUGGACAAGCCACAUAGUGCCCAGGGUGGUGGUAGAUCGUCCUUUACAAGUUUUAAUCCUGAUAAUGGUCGUUCAUUUGAUUUCACACCAGGUUUUGUUCGAGGCCAACCAAGAGGUCCUUCAAUGACAAGAGGAGGAAGCAACAGCCAGAGGAGUCGUGGAGUAACCCCACGUAAAGUUAUCUCUAUUGGGUCAAUCUCGCAGGAUGUUACCCUACAUAAAGCGGAAUCGGCCUGGAAGCCAGGAAGAAAAGCAGAGCAAGCGGAAAGUGACGAGACAACAAAAAAUACAGAGGAAUUGUACAAGAAAGUCCGCAGUAUUCUGAACAAAUUAACACCACAGAAAUUUCAAACUUUGGUGAAACAAGUUUCUGAAAUGGAAAUUACCACGGAGGAAAGACUGAAGGGUGUAACUGAUCUUAUAUUUGAAAAGGCUAUCAGUGAACCUGGAUUCAGUGUUGCAUAUGCCAGUAUGUGUAGAUAUCUAGCAAUGAUUAAAGUACCUUCCUCUUCCAAACAAGGGGAGUUUGUCAACUUCCGUGCAAUAUUAUUGACCAGAUGUCAGAAAGAGUUUGAAAAAGACAAAGAUUCAGAAAAAGAGAUGGAAGAGAGACGCAAAGUCAUUGCGGAAACACAGGAUCCGAAGAAAAAGGAGGAGCUUAUCGAAGAAUUGGUAUUUUCGGAGACUAAAGCGAGAAGGCGCUCGUUGGGAAAUAUCAGGUUCAUUGGCGAGCUGUUCAACUUGAAGAUGCUGACUGAAAACAUCAUGCAUGAUUGCCUCUUCAAACUUCUGAGAGCUAAAGAUGAAGAAAGUUUAGAAUGUCUCUGCAGGCUUCUCUCAACAAUUGGAAAAGAGUUGGAUUCAGACAAGGCCAAGAAAAGUACUGAGAAAAACUCCAUUGUGCAAGAACAGUUUGAUACUAAGCCAAGAAUGGAUCAGUAUUUUACUCAAAUGGACAAAAUAGUUAUUGAAAAGAAGACAUCUUCACGAGUGAGAUUCAUGUUACAAGAUGUCAUUGAUCUCAGAAAGUGUAAAUGGGUUCCAAGGAGAGAUGAAAAUAACCCAAAGACACUGGAUCAAAUUCACAAAGAGGCUCAAAAGGAAGAGCAAGAGAGACAGAUCUUCUUACAGCAGGCCAAUGCACAGCAGAAAGCUCAAGGCCGAGGAGGUGGAGCCAGAGGAUCAAGGGGUCCACCUGGGUCAGGAAUGAUGUCUAGUGAUGGAUGGAAUACUGUGGGCAAACCCAACAUCAGGGUGGACAGACAGUCUAUUGACCCGUCAAGACUCAAAAUCACCAAGCAAAAUCUCGAUGAGUCCAACAUCCAGCUUGGUCCUGGUGGAGGAACCAACCGAUUUUCUGGCUGGCAGCGAGGAAGCACCGGAGGAGGGGCCAGAAAUUCCCAGGAACAAGAAAAAUCCAAUGCACCCAGCAAUAGGUUUUCUGCACUUAGUAAGCCUGAAGAUGAUAGUAGAGGUAGAUUUGGAACGAGUCCUGCUCGUGGAGACGGACGAGGACGAAGUGGCGGAGGAUUUGGUCGCCCACAAAGUCGUGGUAUUACUCCCAGGUCUUCCAUGGAGCAAGAGAAGGAACGAGCUCUUGCUGCUGUUAGGGAUGUGGUUGGUGGCCAAACCACGCCACGCCAAGGUCACAGUAGGGAGAGUAGUCGAGGGCGUGAACCCCGCAAAAUUGAGGUGGAGAAGAUCAGCAAACCAGCUCCUCCAGUGGCAAAGGAGCUAACAGAAGAAGAGAUGGUGAAGAAGACCAAGGCUAUCCUUGACGAGUAUCUACACGUACAGGAUAUAAAGGAGGCCAUUCUUUGUGUUGAGGAGCUGAAGUCUCCAUCUGUCAUGCAUACAUUUGUCAGCACAGCAGUGAACCAUGUAUUGGAGAGGUCUGCUAUAGCAAGGAAUCAGACUGGACUUCUCUUGCAUGAUUUAGUUAAAAAGACUGUUUUGUCUGGCUCUAUAUACAUUGAGGGGCUUACUGAAAUUCUUCAGUUUGCUGAAGACAUGGAAAUUGACAUUCCAAAAAUUUGGCAAUAUUUCGGUGAGCUCAUCGGUCCAAUGGUUCAAGACGGAAGUGUGCCUCUGAACUUCCUUCGCAAAGCUGCCGAACCCCUGAAAGCAAAUAAUAAAGCUGGACUUUUGGUUGCUGAGAUUCUACAUGCUGCUAGUCAUAGAGAGGGCCAUAAAAAGGUUGGGUCUCUUUGGAGACAGUCUAGUCUACAAUGGAGUGACUUCAUGGAAGCUGCCAAUAUUGAUCAGUUCAUCAAAGAAAAAAAACUUGAAUUCACUACUGGAGAUGACAGCCAGCCAAGCACACCAACAGUGUCAAUAUCCAUGGAGAAUGUUGAGGGGAAACUGCAUCAACUUCUUGUCAAGGAAAAAGCGGAUAAUGAAGCCAUCUUCGAUUGGAUCGAGGAAUGCGUAGAUGAGGUAACUGUCAAGAGCAAGAAGUUUAUACGUGCCUUGAUGACAGCUGUUUGUGAAAGUGCAAUAAGCGGAUCUGGAAGUGGUGCUCGUGUGCUUCCGGAAGUGAUCAAAAAUAGAGGAAAUUUGCUUCAGAAAUAUUUGGAUCACCAAGCGGAAUCUGAACUGCAAGCUUUGUAUGCAUUACAAGCCCUUGUUCACAAGCUGGAGCAUCCACAGGGAGUGUUGCGCACCCUAUUUGAUACCUUGUAUGAUGAGGACAUUAUUUCUGAAGAUGGAUUUAAUCAGUGGGAAAAAAGUAAAGAUCCCAAUGAGCAAGAGGGAAAAGGAGUCGCAAUGAAACAAGUAGUUCAGUUCUUCACAUGGUUACGAGAGGCUGAUGAAGACCUGAGCGACAGCUGAGAAUGGCCAUAUCAUAGAUCUUACAAAAUUGGGGAGUGGGAAUUUAUGUCUUGUUUAUCCAUGUGGAUGUUCAGUGAAAUCUUGUGAAAAUACACAUUGUGAAAACACACAUUUCAUUUGAGUGGAACUGAUGUUUGUCAGUCCAGAAUUCAGUUAUGGUGAUCUUUCACCAUACACCUCAUGUUCAUGAGUCCUAUUCUUGUUGGAAAUCAUGUUGUUACAGAUUGUUUUUAAGUGAAUGUUGAUAAUUUCUAUGCUUAAUUUCAAAUGAGCAAUUUAGUUACUGUUUGGUGUGAUUGCCAAUCAGAAGCAUGGUUUAAAACCAAUAUUAUGAAGGCUGUGCAAAUUUGUGUGUUUACUGCAGAGAGGACUGCAUCGAUUGCUCAUUAUUGGUCCGGGCAUGGUUAAUGUUGUCAGAUAGAAAGAAUCAUGAAAUAAUUGGCAUUGAUUCUUCAAAAUAACUGAUUGAUGAAAACCUCUGGUGCUAUUUAACCUUGCUGGACACUUUCAUAACCAGAAUGAACAAGUUGGGGAGAACCAUUAAUAGCCAACAAGAAAACCAUUGAACGUAUGUAUGUUGUGUGAAUGUUGGAGUUUGGUGCAUGUGCUGUAAUUUAUUAAUUUUACUUUCCUCUGAAGACAUACUGCCUAUGAUGAUAUGCAAGUGAAAAUUCUUCUGGUCCAUAUUUUUGUACAGUAUAUUUUCUGUGUAUGAUUUCCAAUGUGAUAAAUAGAAUACCUAGAAUAUAACAAUGUACUUCUUAUUUUGAUGAUGUGAUUUAUAAGUACUUUGUUCAGUGAAAAAUGUCUGGGAAAUUUUUCUGUUACAAAAGUAUAUGUAAAUUUUAAUAGAUUAAUAUGGUAGAAAGAAAAUAGUUAUUUUCUGUUACAUUUCCAGUAUGUCAUGACAAGCAUUUUCAUUGAGUUUAUUUCUAGAAAUACCCCAAUUUCAUAUUUGUUGUUUGCUGAGGAGACUUGUGUAAAUAGUUUAUCAGACAGCUGCACAGUAACUUGAAAUAAUGUCUGAUUUGAAAAUUUUCCUUUGAGGCUCCUUUUCACAUUGUAUAUGUGAUCAAUAUUGCUACUGAUUUCCAUAAUGAGGGGUUGUAAUGAAACAGAAACAUUAAAGUGACAUCGGAAAACA